CUGGAGAGGCAGCCAGAACCGAGGCGGCUACAGCGAACCCGGACCCAGGCCGGAGGCAAUCCGCAGUCCCAGGCUGGGGGACCAGAGGCUAAGGUCUCUAUUUGGAAGCUUUCCAACACUUAAUCCCUCAUUACCACUUUCAUCAUGGGUUUGCACCUAGCUCUGGCCUGGAUCCUCCUGGUUGGGACGUUGGCCUGUUUGGGAGCCCAGAACGCCAUUUCUUGGGAGGUGCAGAGAUUUGAUGGAUGGUAUAACAACCUCAUGGAGCACAGAUGGGGCAGCAAAGGCUCUCGUCUGCAGCGCCUCGUUCCAGCCAGCUAUGCAGAUGGUGUGUACCAGCCCUUGAGAGAACCCCACCUGCCUAACCCCCGAGACCUUAGCAACACGGCCAUGAGAGGUCCUGCAGGGCAGCCCUCGCUGCGGAACCGCACAGUCCUGGGUGUCUUCUUUGGCUACCACGUGCUCUCGGACCUGGUGAGUGUGGAAACGCCAGGCUGCCCUGCAGAGUUCCUUAACAUUUACAUCCCGCGUGGGGACCCCGUGUUCGACCCUGACAAGCGCGGGAACGUGGUGCUGCCCUUUCAGAGGAGCCGCUGGGACCCCAAGACCGGACAGAGCCCCAGCAACCCCCGGGACCUGACCAACCAGGUGACCGGCUGGCUGGAUGGCAGUGCCAUCUAUGGCUCCUCUCACUCCUGGAGCGACACACUCAGGAGCUUCUCAGGAGGACAGCUGGCAUCGGGGGUCGAUCCUGCAUUCCCACGGAAAUCCCAGGACCCUCUGCUUAUGUGGAUGGCACCAGACCCCGCCACGAGGCAGGAAGGGCCGCAGGAAAUGUUCGCCUUUGGGGCCCAGCGCGGGAACAGGGAGCCCUUCCUGCAGGCGCUGGGACUGCUGUGGUUUCGCUACCACAACCUGUGUGCCAGGAAGUUGGCGCAGGAGCACCCACAUUGGGGGGAUGAGGAGCUGUUCCAGCAUGCGCGCAAGAGGGUCAUUGCCACCUACCAGAACAUUGCGAUGUAUGAAUGGCUGCCCAGCUUCCUGAAGCAAAAUCCCCCAGAGUAUGCAGGAUACCAUCCAUUUCUGGACCCCAGCAUCUCCCCAGAGUUCGUGGUGGCCUCUGAGCAGUUCUUCUCCACCAUGGCCCCUGGGGUCUACAUGAGGAAUGCCAGUUGCCACUUCCAGAGGAUUGCCAAUCAUAACUCAAGUUUCUCCAGAGCCCUCCGGGUCUGCAACAGCUACUGGAGUCGAGAGCACCCAAACCUAAGAACUGCUGAAGAUGUGGAUGCGCUGCUGCUGGGCAUGGUCUCCCAGAUUGCUGAGAGAGAGGACCACGUAGUGGUUGAGGAUGUGCAAGAUUUCUGGCCUGGUCCACUGAAGUUCUCCCGUACAGACUACCUGGCCAGCUGCCUGCAGCGGGGUCGGGAUCUAGGCCUGCCUUCUUACACCAAAGCCAGGGCAGCACUGGGUCUCUCUCCCAUUUCCCGCUGGCGGGACAUCAACCCUGCACUCUGGAGGAGCAACGACACUGUGCUGGAGGCCACAGCUGCCCUAUACAAUCAGGACCUGUCUCGGCUGGAGCUGCUCCCAGGGGGGCUUCUGGAGAGCCAUGGGGAUCCUGGACCACUUUUCCGCACCAUUGUCCUUGACCAAUUUGUCAGGCUGCGAGACGGUGACCGCUACUGGUUUGAGAACAGCAGGAAUGGACUGUUCUCUAAGGAAGAGAUUGCAGAGAUCAGAAACACUUCCCUCCGGGACAUUAUAGCGGCUGUCACCAAGGUGGACCCCAGAGCCCUGCAGCCCAAUGUCUUUUUUUGGCUUGCAGGAGACCCCUGCCCACAGCCAAGUCAGCUGAGCACCGAGGGCCUGCCAGCCUGUGUCCCCCCCUUCAUCCGGGACUAUUUCAAGGGCAGUGGAUUUGGCUUCGGACUCACCAUUGGGACCCUUUGCUGCUUCCCCUUAGUCAGCCUGCUCAGCGCCUGGAUUGUGGCCCGGCUUCGGAUGAGGAAUUUCAAGAGGCUCCAGAGAAAGGACCGGCAGAGCAUCAUGUCUGAGAAGCUUGUCGGGGGAGUGGAAGCCUCGGAGUGGCAGGGCCGCAGGGAACCCUGCCGGCCGGUGCUCGUACACCUGCAGCCUGGACAGAUCCGAGUAGUAGAUGGCAGGCUCACCGUGCUCCGUACCGUCCAGCUGCGGCCCCCACAGCAGGUCAACCUCAUCCUGUCCAGCAACCGUGGCCGCCGCACCCUGCUGCUCAAGAUCCCCAAGGAGUAUGACCUGGUGCUGUUGUUUAACACGGAGGAAGAGCGGCAAGCCUUGGUAGAAAACAUCCGGGGGGCUCUGAAGGAGAGUGAACUGAGCUUCCAGGAGUGGGAGCUGCGGGAGCAGGAGCUGAUGAGGGCGGCAGUGACGAGGGAGCAAAGGAGUCACCUCCUGGAGACUUUCUUCAGGCACCUUUUCUCCCAGGUGUUAGACAUCAAUCAGGCAGAUGCAGGGACUCUGCCCCUGGACUCUUCGAUGAAAGUGCGUGAGGCCCUGACCUGUGAACUGAGCAGGGCUGAAUUUGCGGACUCACUGGGCCUCAAGCCCCAGGACAUGUUUGUGGAGUCCAUGUUUUCUCUGGCCGACAAGGAUGGCAAUGGCUACCUAUCCUUCCGGGAGUUCCUGGACAUUCUGGUAGUCUUCAUGAAAGGCUCCCCCGAGGAGAAGUCUCGCCUCAUGUUCCGAAUGUAUGACUUUGACGGGAAUGGCCUCAUUUCCAAGGAUGAGUUCAUUAGGAUGUUAAGGUCCUUCAUCGAGAUCUCCAACAACUGCCUGUCCAAGGACCAGCUGGCUGAGGUGGUGGAGUCCAUGUUCCGGGAGUCCGGCUUCCAGGACAAGGAGGAGCUGACCUGGGAGGACUUCCACUUCAUGCUGCGGGACCACGACAGUGAUCUCCGAUUCACGCAGCUCUGUGUCAAAGGGGUGGAAGUGCCUGAAGUCAUCAAGAACCUUUGCCGUCGGGCCUCCUACAUCAGCCAGGAGAAGAUCUGCCCUUCGCCCAGAAUGAGGACCCACUGUGCCCGCAACAACAAGACUGAGGCAUCACCCCAGAAACUACAGUGCCCCAUGGACACAGACCCUCCUCAAGAGAUUCGACGGAGAUUUGGCAAGAAGGUAACUUCGUUCCAGCCCUUGCUGUUCACUGAGGCCCACCGAGAGAAGUUCCAACACAGCCGCCGCCACCAGACGUUGCAGCAGUUCAAGCGCUUCGUGGAGAACUACCGGCGCCACAUAGGCUGUGUGGCCGUCUUCUACGCCAUCACUGGGGCGCUCUUCCUGGAGAGAGCCUACUACUAUGCGUUUGCGGCACACCACAGUGGCAUCACCGACACCACCCGCGUGGGCAUUAUCCUGUCCCGGGGCACGGCGGCCAGCAUCUCCUUCAUGUUUUCCUACAUCCUGCUCACCAUGUGUCGCAACCUCAUCACCUUCCUGCGGGAGACCUUCCUCAACCGCUACAUCCCCUUCGAUGCCGCUGUGGACUUCCAUCGCCUCAUCGCUUCCACAGCCAUCAUCCUCACAGUCUUACACAGUGCCGGCCAUGUAGUGAACGUGUACCUGUUUUCCAUCAGUCCACUCAGUGUCCUCUCUUGCCUCUUCCCUGGCCUCUUCCACGACAACGGGUCAGAGUUCCCUCAGAAGUAUUACUGGUGGUUCUUCCAGACUGUACCAGGCCUCACUGGAGUCCUGCUGCUCCUGGCCCUGGCCAUCAUGUACGUCUUCGCCUCCCACCACUUCCGCCGCCGCAGCUUCCGGGGCUUCUGGCUGACCCACCACCUCUACGUUGUGCUCUAUGUCCUGCUCAUCAUCCAUGGCAGCUUUGCUCUGAUCCAGAUGCCCCGAUUCCACAUCUUCUUCCUGGUCCCGGCAAUUAUCUAUGUGGGGGACAAGCUGGUGAGCCUGAGCCGGAAGAAGGUGGAGAUCAGCGUGGUGAAGGCUGAGCUGCUGCCUUCAGGAGUGACCCACCUGCGAUUCCAGAGGCCCCAGGGCUUUGAGUAUAAGUCAGGGCAGUGGGUGCGAAUCGCAUGCCUGGCUCUGGGAACCACCGAGUACCACCCCUUCACGCUGACCUCUGCACCCCACGAGGACACACUCAGCCUGCACAUCCGGGCAGCUGGACCCUGGACCACCCGCCUCAGGGAGAUCUACUCACCUCCGACCGGUGACACCAGUGCCAGAUACCCAAAGCUCUACCUCGAUGGACCCUUUGGAGAGGGCCACCAGGAGUGGCAUAAGUUUGAGGUGUCAGUGCUAGUGGGAGCUGGAAUUGGGGUCACCCCCUUUGCCUCCAUCCUCAAAGACCUGGUUUUCAAGUCAUCAGUCAGUUGCCAAGUGUUCUGUAAGAAGAUCUACUUCAUUUGGGUGACAAGGACUCAGCGGCAGUUCGAGUGGCUGGCUGACAUCAUCCGGGAGGUGGAGGAGAAUGACCACCAGGACCUGGUAUCCGUGCACAUCUACAUCACCCAGCUGGCUGAGAAGUUUGACCUCAGGACCACCAUGCUGUACAUCUGUGAGCGGCACUUCCAGAAGGUGCUGAACCGGAGUUUGUUCACGGGCCUGCGCUCUGUCACCCACUUUGGCCGCCCUCCCUUUGAGCCUUUCUUCAACUCUCUGCAGGAAGUCCACCCCCAGGUUCGGAAGAUUGGAGUCUUCAGCUGUGGUCCCCCUGGCAUGACCAAGAAUGUGGAGAAAGCCUGCCAGCUCAUCAACAAGCAGGACCGGACUCAUUUCUCGCACCAUUAUGAGAACUUCUAGGCCUCCGGCCCAGCAGCUCUGCCCACCACUGCCCAGCAGAGCAGAGGCCUUGGCCCGUGCCUUAACCCAGUAUUCAUUUCUUCUGGCUGCCUCAGCCUUGGCCCUCUUCCCACCUUGGUCCAGGCAUCAUGUGUGGGCUCAGAAAUCUCCAGGACCAGAAUGUGUCUGAGCUUGGAGAAGGGGCACUGUUUAAGAACUACAGGUCCGGAGGUAGGGGAGCUCUCAGGCUGGGGACAAGGUGAGGAGUCUUCUAAGGAAAAACGACAGUUCCAGAUUCAAGCUGUCAAGUUCACAUAGGUCACUGUGAGCCUGCGGCUGAAGCGGUGGUACGGACGCUGGCAUCUUUGGGCCCCCUUCCCCGGUGACCUCCCUGUCUUCCGGCUGGGAGAGGUCUGAGAGUGGGCAGGGGCGACUCAACGACAUCCCCCGAAGCAGCCUCAGUGCACGGUGUUGUCAGCCCCUUCCUCGCCCCAUACCCGCGGGGAGCAGUGCCCCGCAGCCCUGCCUCCCUACUCCACGAGGCUCUCUUUGCAAAUAAAGCGUGUUCCCACCCUU